AUGGGCCUCAGAUGGCUGUUGGCUGUAACCGCGUGUGUGGUGGCUUGCGCAGGCGCCGAUCAUGGAGGCUCAUCCCUGCGAGGUGCACUUGAAGCGCUUCAGCGUCGGCAGCGAGGACGCAUGCACGGACCUAUUGCACCGCAACCGGACUACGAGUCUCUCUAUGAAUUUGUACCACCGCAAGCUUAUUUAGAACCCGAUUAUCCUGUCGAUGUUGAGGAUCUUGACGAUGAAACUGUACCGAAGUAUUUCGUAAAAUUAGCAAAUGAAGAUCCAAGAUAUCAAUAUAAACUGAUAAAAAAGAAGAAUUCCGGUAAUUCAGUGACCAAAAAAGAAUCCGCUUUCCGUGAGAGGAGUCACCAUUCAGACAAUGAAAGAUUACGUGAUUUGUUUACAGACAAAAGUGACUCUGAAGAGGAUAAUACCCUUGAUGACAAUGUCGAUAAUGAUGCCGAAUAUGCGGUGCUCUUAGGCCAACUUUGGUCAAAAUAUAAAUAUAAUAAAGAACACGGCAACAAUGUUGAGGCUGCCCCACAAGGUGUUGUCAAACUUUAUAAAGAGAAAGUAGUUAAGAAACGUUAUCCCGAUAAUUGGGGGCCCAUAGCAUUUAAACGAAAACGAAGCUCAGAGCUUGAAACUAAUCGUCCAGUUUUAUAUGAUUACGAUUCUCAAAAGAAUGAAAUGGGAUCGGCAGAGCCAAACUAUAAUUCAUACACUCUUUCAGAUGAAGAUAAAGACGAUCUACGUGAAGAGUAUGCCAUUGCUUUUCAACCAUUGGAUGACGAUAGCGCCUCUGACGAUGAAGAUCAAUAUACAUAUGAUACAGUUGAAAAACGUUUUCCAGUCACUAAACGUAGCAGUAGCCCGUACAAUUUAAGUACCCAGAAAAAAAGAUUUACGCAAAGUCAAAAUAAACGUGAAACAUCAAAAACAUUUCGUAGUAGCGCCGGCACUGAUCCAAAGAUUAUGAAAGACCUAUCGAAAAUAUUUGGUGACACUGAAAUCGAAAUUAUCAAAUCACCAGUAAAACGAAGCAGUGAUAACGUUGAACAUGAACAUGAUCCUGACCACGGAGCAAAACCCCCAAUAAUACCUGGAGAUCACAACAAAACAUAUGAACAGAAUAAAACAGCUAUAAUUGACGACGAUAGCCAUGAGCACCACGGUCAUAAUAUCCAUCACCCUGGUAUUUCUGGAAAGGAAGUAGCACAUGAAAAUAUGCAUAAUCACGAUCAUGGGCACGACCACAACCAUGGUGACAAGGAGAAACCGAUUCAUAUUAAAAAGAAAUCAAUUGAUUGGUCUGAUUAUUUCGGUAUAGACAAACGGACCAAAAAACCAGUAACUUUUUUCAAUGAUCUCACCCAAGACAGAUUAAGAAAACAAUACUUUGAUACUUUUAACAAGGAAGUAAUUUAUCCGUUAAAUACGUAUCGAAGACACACUAACGCAAAAAGAAACUAUAUGGAGCCCAAACCAAAUGAUGAAUCUGAAAUUCAAAUAGACGGAGCUCAUCUCUCAAGCCAGAAAGACGAAAAAAGAAGUUCGGCAACUGAUAACGACUCCAAACUAGAUAAUAUUGAUAAAAAACUAAGAAAUAUGGAAGGACUAAUCGUUGAUGAAGCUCUACAUUAUUCAAAUGUAGGAGCCGAUCUUGAUUCAAAAGAGGAGCAGGAAAUGAAAGAGAAAUUAUUAUCGCGUUUAGCAGCAGCUUACAGUUUAGAAAAAAUGAGAAAAGCUCUAAAAGAAUUUAAGCAAAGUCUGCAAAUCCAAAAGGCAAAAACUAAUGCACCUGCCCCAAUACCAACCGAUGAAACCAAAGCCAAGCGAGUUGCUGUAAAGAAAGAAAAAGUAGAAUUAAUUAACAAUGAAAUCCCUGGAUUUGAAAAAGGAGAGGACAGGAGUAAUGACUUCGAAGACGAACAAGGAGCUGGUCAUUACAUAAAUGGAAAAAUGGAAGAUCAGUUUUCUGAAGGUUAUAUGGGUGGAAGUGGUCGACACCGCAUACCUGUAAUGGCAACAGUUGGUGCCUCGGGAUCUUGCCCAGUGUUAGCGAAAAUUGUACAACGUUGUCGCGGCGUGGAUCUAUUAGCCGGUGAUCGGGGACAACUGUUCCUCCCGCACUGUAGUCUACACCAAAUCUGCUACCUCUGCGGCGAGGCUCCACCGACAACAUGCGACCUAGUUUUCCUUUCGGAAGCUGAUACCACGUGCGAAGGUGACAUGGGUUGUCAACGAGCGGCACGUUCUACUCUCAUGGCGCUUCGGGAGCUUCACGAUAGUCUUGCUGACGAGCUGGAUGGUGAAUGUGAGGCCAGUCCUUGUCUGCCUGCUACGCUCAAACUCAACAUCGGUUGGCAGCGCGCCUUUCUGCGAUAG